AGUGGCUCAUAAAAACCUUGCAGCUGGCAGGCUCUGUCGAACGAAGGAGACUCAAACUACCAUGGCAGGUCACGUAAAGAAAAGGAAUCAACUCAAAGAUGGAGAAGCUGCAUAUCUCAUCCACCAAAAUUCCAACACAUGCUUGAGCGUCACCGAGGGAUCAAGCCCUGACGACGCAGUGGUGUCGAUGGCUAAAUGUGCCAACAUUCAGAGUCAACAAUGGAUCAAAUCUAGUGGCCAGUGGCUGUGGGGAGAAAAUACAGCUUACUGCUUAGUUCCUGUUGAUGGGAGAAACAAUGUAGGUCUUGGUGAUGCUAAAUCUUCCACAAUUUCAUGGGUCUAUGAUGAGGAUGAGAGGAUACGUCUGGGUUCAGAUGCUCUGGAGGUCCCAUGGAAAGAACCAAGGACGAAAGUUGUACUGAAUCCCCAAAAUGAUAAUUUAAGCCAAAAAUGGUGGCUCGAAGCUGUGAACUCAGAACCAGAAUUCCUCAUCAACCAAAGCAGCAAUACGUGUGUUGGUGUACGCAGUGGUUCAAAACCAAGUGAUGCUGUUGUAGGAAUGAUGCAAAACAGUGGAGACAAAGAGCAAAUGUGGUUUACUGUUGGUAAUUCGUGGCAGUGGGGAGGGAACCGUGCCUACUGUCUCGCUCCCGACUACAACACACGGUCUGUCAAGCUAGAGGACACUGCUAGUUCUACAGCAUCCUGGUACACGGAUGAUGCAGAGAGGUUUAGGAUUGGCUCAGAUGCUCUGGACGUGCCUCGUCCAGAACCUAGAACGACAGUAAUUUUGUAUUACCCUAAUGAUGGACUUAACCAAAAAUGGUGGAAGUUUUCUGAUUUAAAGGCAGGCCUAGAAGAAGCUAAGCCGGCUGUCUACCCAUUCCCUGGUAGUUAUGAGAUGAUAUACGAACAGGAAUUAACUCGUGGACUCUUAAAUGAGCUGGGUUCAAAGUCAGAGCCUCUUCUCUAUCCUCGAGAUGUGGCUACGUUUCCUGGUACAAUUGACGCUAGCACGCCAAGAAUCACAAGGAAGGUGACUCUAGAUCUGUCUGUUCUUGGGCAAGUCAAAGAUUUCCGAAUGACAGUUCCCAAGGACUGGCAGCUCACUGACCUGUACCUAGCAGAGGGAGACGUUUGUCAGGUUAUUCUACCUGAGACUUUAUCAGAGGCACAAGCACUGCAGAUCACUGUCCGCAUUGGUGCACACACUGACUGGCUUCAACCUAAUUCACCAAAUGUUUCUAAUAAAUACUUCAGGCGCAUGCCCAAAGUGUCUGAGGUUUUCGAUGUCAAGCCAGGAGUGAAUGAGAUCAGAAGUCAGUAUGGAGGUAACCUCAUAUUUGUGUUCAGUGAAGGGGAGCUUUUCACAGUUGAUGUUGAUAUUACGAAAGUGGUCGAGGCGCCAUACUAUCGAUAUGGACAGACAUCGAAUGCAGAAUGGGAGACUAUCAAAAUGAGAGAUGCUCCCCAAACUCUGAUGGAAUCAGAUAAAUGUGUGGUUGUUAUUGCCACAACAGAUGCAAGAGGAAUAACCAGUCCUGACGAAUUGAUGUCUCGUUAUGAUGAAAUUGUGGAGAUGCUAAAUUACGCUGCAGGUUUUGAUGAGUCUGAAGUUCCACCACGUGGGAAACAGUGGCUGGUGAAUGAUGCUCAGAUCACAGCUGGAUCAGCCCACGCCGGAUUCCCGGCUAUGUUUUGGCGUCUGUACUAUAAUAUAGCAGAAGAUAUUACCCCCUAUAGUUGGCUAAGUUGGCAUGAACUUGGCCACAACUACCAACAAAGACCAUACUGGGCAGGAGUUUAUGGUGUUGAAUCUACAGUGAACUUAUUUUCAUUGUACAUUCAGGAGAAGCUGUUCAAUAGUGACAGAUUGGAAGAGCAGAACAGUUACGUCACAGCAGCCGAUAAAGUGGACAAUGGAAUGACCUUUGACGAAGGAGACUUGUGGGAUCAGCUGGUGUUCCUGAUGGAGAUCAAGCAUGCCUUCCUAUUGGGGUGGGAAAUGUUCCGUCAGCUAAAUCGCACAACUCGAGCUCUUUCUGACGACGAGGCCAAAUAUCUGACAGAAGAUCGCCAGCGGCAGAUCGACCAUGUGUACAAGAACCUAAGCAAGAGUGUGGGCUACGACCUGGUCCUUACCUACGAUCGCUGGGGUCUAAGCCUAAGCCAGGAAGCCAAGGAUGAAAUUGAACAACUGGGUCUGGAGAAGGCGCCGGGAGACCUCUCUCACCGACCUGCCAAAAAGCCUUCUCAUGUAACAGAUGUGUCUGAUGCUCGUAUUUAUACACCAUGUGUCACUCCUUGACAUAUAUGACUAGAAUAUUUUGGCAUACAGAAAUCAAUAUACAUACAAAAAUCAGAUGUAGACAUAAAUUAAUCUUGUUGAUUCACGGAACCUAUAGUAUGUACCAAAAUUCUGCCAAUAGCUUCAAAAUAACAAUGCCUGUUAUUUGAUUAUAUUAUUUUACUCUUCUUCAUAAAUGAUUCACACACAU